AUGAAGGCUUCGGUCCUAUUCCUGCAAAAUGGAAAGGAGUAUGUGAUGGUGGUGAAGGUUUUGUCUGUAACAGGUAAGUUUGUUCAAGAUUUAAUAACAUGGAAGAUAAUUGGCGCACGUACGUUUAGCCUUCAAAGUUAUAAUAAGUUUUCUGCUAGAGACACAUCUGGGCAUGGGACUCAUGUGGCGUCAAUCAUAUCCGGUAGGGAAGUAAUAGACGCAAGUUAUUAUGGAAUUGCGAAAGGAAUUGCUAGAGGAGGUGUUCCCUCUACAAGAAUCGCGGCAUAUAAAGUAUGCUAUCACAUUAAUUGCUUCGACAUAGAUGUUUUGAGCGCUUUUGAUCAUGCCAUUGCUGAUGGAGUUGAUAUAAUAUCAGUCUCCAUAGCUCGCCCUAGGCUAGUCGAGCUUACUUUUGACCCAAUUGCGAUUGGGGCAUUUCAUGCAAUGGAGAAGGGAAUUCUGACAACCUUGACUGUGGCUACAAGUGAUACUGACAGAAGAAUUGUUGAUAAGCUUGUUCUUGCAAAUUAUGAAGAACAUGUGGGUAAUGCUAUUAAUCCUUUCUUUUCAAGUGUUAAACCGGUGCCUCUUGUUUAUGGGAAAGAGCUCCCAAGUAGUUGCUCUGAAAUUGAAAAAAGGAAGUGUCUUCCAGAAUGCUUAGUAAGUAGCUUCAUCAACCAAAAAGUAAUUGUGUGUGAUCAAGAUCGUUCCUUAAGGGAAAUUAAAGCAUCUGGAGCCUUCGGUUGUAUCGUGCCAAUUUCUUUUCAAAAUAAUUAUUCAGAGAUCAUGUCAUUUCCUACUAUAGCGCUACCUACAGAAUCUCUCGACUUUGUCAAAUUAUACAAAAAAUAUGCCAAAGUACCAGAAGUGCAAAUUUUAAGAAGUGAGACAAUUAAGAAUCCGGGUGCUCCUUAUGUUGCUUCAUUUUCUGCUAGAGGACCUAAGGAGCAGAAAAUGAAGCAACAUUAG